AUGUUGGACAACUCCGUAGUCUCUGAGACUCCCCAGGCACACGCUGCCGAUGUGGAAUUCAUGGUGAGGCGGGGCAUGACAAAGGGGUACCAGCUCCUGUCUCUGCUUACCCCGCCGCUCUACUCCGCAUUCGCCCUCUCACGUUACGGGAGAGCGCAAUUCACGAUCAAUCGGCUGCUGCGAGCGACAUGGAUAGGGGGCUCUGUUGGUGAGCACAGUAGCAUCGUCGCGGGUGGCGGGUUUGAGUACGCGAGAUCGGCAUACUCAAAUGCGGGCCAGGUUCGGACACGGCGCAUACAUGCAGCAUAUGACACCGCCUCUAUCCGGGCUGACGACCACUCCACCAUCGGUGGCAUUCUAUUCGCUGUACUCACCCCAGCAAUUUUGUGGAAACGUGCAAGCAUUGUAAAUUUAAUUCUGGGCGGGGCGGGUGUUGGCUCCGCGGUCGGGCUUCUCGCACACCAUGCGAGGACAAUUUCCGGAGAUGCAGCGCCGAAGGUUCGGAUACCAGAAAUCUCAUCUCCUCCCACACCACCAGUAUGAGCAUCGCACAUUUGGUGAGUCGGGCGUUACCGUCGGUAGACAAUGAUAUUCAUUGAGAUCAAGUAUCAUCAAUCCACCGCUGUGUCCGUUCUCUGUACCACUACCACGAAUUCACUGUUUUAUAUUGAAGGCACAAUGAAUUUGCUCGAAAGGCACGAACUUAUCAAUCUACAUAUGAGCUUUCAUCGGUCUGUGUUGGUUGUACAUUUUUCCGCAGUCGAACGUUCUAGUCGUGCGAAUCAGUAACUUGAUUCUUCGCUGCGAGAAGAGA